AUUCCUUAGCAACGCUUGGCUCCCUUGGAGUGGUGGCGGUUGUUUCAACAUGGCGGCAGCGUCAACAAAAAGUGGAAAUUCGGGGAUAUUUUGGAUGAGUGGUGUGUCAGAUGAAGAACAGCCUUUGGUGUUUGUUCCUGGAUUAGACGGAGCGGGGAAGACUCAGACCCCUUUUAGUUUGAGACCAGGCAGCAGCACCAGCACAUCCAGUAAAAGAUGUACCAAGAUGCACGGCAGGUGUAACUCUGAUUGCAAGAGUGAGACCUCACUAAGGAAAGUUGUCAAGAAACAGGGCUCCUCACAAAGUGAGUGCUCUGGGGUUUAUACCAAGGAAAAGGUCUCCGUCCAUCCCAGUGCUACUGUAGCUACAGACCACACCAUUUCUCCAGCUUUGGGUACUUUUACCUCCUCGACACAGGUACUCUCUGAGACCAUCAACAAUAAGAGCCAGGUCUGCUUGAAGGACCUCUGUCCUGAAGAUAAGCGCCGGAUUGCAAACCUCAUCGAAGAACUAGCCAGAGUGAGCGAGGAGAAAGAAGAGUCAGUGCAGCGUCUGAAAGAUGAACAGGAAAAUUUUGAGUCCAAGAUCCAGAAGCUGGAGCAACAGAACGUGAUCAUAGUACAGGAAAGGGAGAGCCUGCAGCAGCAGUAUAGAGAGUGCCAGGAGCUGCUUGGGCUCUACCAACAAUACCUUUCUCAGCAACAGGCAAAACUUAACCAAUCCAUUGCCCAGCUCAGCCAGGCACCAGCCCAUAGCAAGGUGCUCCGCACCGAGGAAGCUCCCAGCAGAACAUCUACCAGCAGAGCUAAUGGCUCUCUCUUUGAUGGCUCAUACCUCGGCCUUGCUGCUACCCCAGCACAACAGCCUCAAGUGCACAGGAGUGGUGGUGGAGGAAGAAGAGCAAUACAUACCCAUAGCAACCAUUCUUCUCUUUCCUGUGUUAGUGAGUUCAGUCCAACUGAUGGGCCGAUCAAACAGCAUAGUAUUAAGCAAAGGGAGUGUAGGGAGCCACACUCACAGUCCCACCACAGAUGUGAGCACUACCAAGGCAGUGGUCAAGACAGUGACAACUUUAAUCAGCAUGAGUGUAAAAGAUUCCACAGUGAGAGUGCCAUUGGCACAGAGGCCAAGGAAGCUCUGACCAGGCCUCUGUUGGGCCACGAGGACUGGGAGGAGAAGAGGCACCAGCUGCUGCUGCAGAAGAUGCAGUUGGAGAUGGAGAGAGAGAGGCUGCAGGCACGUCUGGCUGAGCAGGAGGAAAGGCUCAAUAGACAGAAUCAGCAGCUACAUCAAUCGCGUCUCGAUUACAGCAGGUUUCAACAAGCUACUCAAUCUGAUCUCAGCAGCUCAAACACUAGAAAUGGAGAUCCACAGCUGGAGGGUCCCUCCCACCAAGAUUUACGCCCCAGUGUGAGUGACAAUGCAAAGGUACAUCCUGCAGGACAGAGCAUGAAUGGAAAACACUCCCAAACUCUUCCGGAAAAUGGCACUGAGGCCUUAGAGAGGUCUAGAAAGGACAUGGCCACAUCUCCCGCUAAUUCCCCUGCAAGCCUGAGAAAGCCCCCCUCAGUGGCUGUGCUCCAAAAGACCCCGGAGGCCAGGUUGGACUUUUCCGUGGUUGAGUUAUUGGAUGUCUUUAGUCCUGUCUCUGCACCUGAGCUCAGCAAGCAGUCGACUCUAAGACCCAAAACAUUGCAACGUAGGCCAGGCCUCUCUGCCUCCAAACCAGUGGGAAGAACCCUACUUCCCCCUGCUGGGUCUUAUCCUCAGAGUACCCAGCAGGACCUGGAAGAAAGCCAAAUACUGGAGGAUAUUUUCUUCAUUUGCUGACAAGAAGAAAAUGUGUCCAGCCACUUGAUAUUAUUACCUGUUACAUUUCAUUUUCAGUUGACAUUCUAAAUCAGAAUGAUCAUGUUAUAGAUUGUACUUUUGUUAAAUGGUUUUAAUAAAAAUAAACACAUAUUUAUUC